CACUGGAAAAGUUACUGUUUAGCACAUACUAAAUGUGGCAGACAGGGAGACAGCCACAGCUGUAAAUCAUACAUUGUUUACAAAAUUUACAAGAAGUAAGAAACGAAAUAUUCCAAAAAGACAAAAAAAAGUGCCGCUGCUUGCUGAUCGAAAUCUGUAGAACAGAGAACAAAAUCAAAUAGCCUACUAUGGCGGUAUUGAAAAAAAGAGCUUUAGCUGAAUAUAGUCAAGUUGUACAGGAGGAAGCAUGUAGUAAGCCUUUACAGUUAAUGAAGAAACCUCACCUUUCAAGUGCAGUAGAGGAUGAACAUGUAACUGUCAAUACAUUUGAAAAACUAGAAACAAGUGAAGCAUUGGUGGCCUAUUUAAACCAUAUCCAGCUCAAUCUUUCAUUCCAAACUGAUGACAAAGUUGUUCUUUUGAGAAAGCUUAUUGACACUUACCAUCAUAGUGAACAGUCUUAUGUACGCCUGAAAAUUGUUUGCAUUUUAGGUGACUUUAGGAAAGUUCCAAAAUUUGAUGUUCAGAUUAUAAUCAAUGAAAUAAUAAAACUUAUUUCAACUGAGACUUCACAUAAAGUAUGUGCUUCAAUGAUAUGCACAUUGAAAAAGCUAGGCAGUUUGCUUUCAUCUGAUAGCCCAGUGCUUGGAAAAAUUAUUGCCAUUGGCACUAAGUUACUUAACAAUUCCAAUCACCUGGUGAAAUGCCACUGUCUUUCUUUACUUGGAGGCUUGAGAAGUCUUAAUAAUCUUCAAGGUGAAAAUGUAAAACUCAUCUGUAAAUUUACGAAAUCUCAAGAUCCUCGAGUGCGUACGGCUGCUUAUGAUGCACUGCUCCAAUUGCAUGACCGGGGGCAAAAAUUAGAGCUGUGCAUAUAUUCAGAUGUGUGCUCAGCCUUACAAGAUGACAACGAAAAUGUGAGACAGUCAGCAAUGCGAAUUAUCUGGGUUUUAUCUCAUACAUAUCCUGAAAGUUGCGUUGUUAUUCCUGGAUGCCAAGAUGAAGUGCACUUAGUCGAUGAUGCUUUCGCUAAGAUUUGUCAAGCUAUAGGUGAUUUAUCAGUUAAUGUAAGAACAUUAGCUGCAGAGUUACUAGGAUCCAUGGUCAAUGUAAAUCCACAUUUCUUGGAACAAACCUUGGACAAAAAGUUGAUGUCUGAUAUGAGGCGCAAACGAUCCGCCCACGAAAGGCAUUGGGAAACUGUUACAUCAGGAGAAUGGGCUAGUGGUGCACGUUGGGCAGAUGAUAAACCUAGAGAAAAUUUAGAUGCCGAAUCCGUUUCUCUUAUACAUAGUGGGGCUUGUGGAGCAUUCGUUCAUGGUCUCGAAGAUGAGUUUAUGGAGGUUCGAAGUGCUUCUCUCGAUUCGCUAUGCCAAUUGGCGCUUUCCAAUCCAAGGUUUGCAACACUUUCUUUGGAUUUCCUUGUAGAUAUGUUUAAUGACGAGAUUGAGGAGGUGCGUCUGAAAGCCAUAGACUGUAUGACCAAGAUUAGCCAACUUAUUGUGUUACGUGAAGAUCAAUUGGAAAUCAUCCUAGGAGUGCUGGAGGAUUCUAAUGUUGAAAUCCGCGAAGGAUUACAUCGAAUGUUGGGAGCGUGUCGUCUCUCUACAAAGGCUUGUCUUAAGCUGUGUGUUCAGGCUUUGCUUGACAAUCUAAAACGUUAUUCUCAAGAUAAACGUUCGAUAUGGCGUUGUCUGCAGUUGCUAGGACCCCGCCAUCCAGAUUUGACACUUCUCCUUGUUCCUGAAUUAUUAACCGUUCACCCUUUUUUUGAUAUGCCGGAAGCUGACGUCGAAGACCCCUCAUACGUUUGCGUGUUGUUGCUCGUUUUCAACGCCGCACAGUUUUGCCCUCAAAUUCUUAGUUUAUUCGAAGAGCACAUCCGCAGACACUAUCGGUACCUCCGAGACACAAUUUCGAAUUUUGUGCCUCAUCUUCAGCUUACUGGCGUUGAAGAAAUGGAGGGGCAGAUAGAAUUUGAAACGAACACCAAUUAUUUUCUUCAAAAUGUUAUGUCCCGUUUGAAUCAGCCGAUCAGUACAAAUCAGAUUAAAGUGUGGGAUGCGGCAUGUCAUGAUUUGAUUCGCUUGGCUCAAAUCGAUAGCAGCUUGGCACAUGGUGUAGAACUGUUAGCCACACAGUUAGAAUGCCAUAUUCUAAUUGCAAAAGUUAUGAAUAGUCCAGCGUGGAUUGAUUCUUCGAGUUUAAACGUACAAGACGGUGAUGUAGUGAAAAAUCUAAUUGACCAGUUACAGAGACGAAGUCUUAGACUCCAGUACAUGUUCAGUAAUUUAUCCACUGAAGAAAUGCUACUCAUUCAGAGCACACGUCUACAAGCUAUGGCGAUUCAGCUGGUAUACAUUGUAAGAGCUAGUAACACAUCCGCGUUGGCUUUAUCAGACCAUUUCGUUUCCCGUGUCGAAGCAUUGAAAGGAUAUGGAAAUUUACCUUCUUUUGCUGGAGCGAUUGUGAAGGAAAUUGCACGAGUAGAUGAUACUAAACCAGGUGUAUUGUCGCGAAUAUUGCUUCCAAUCCUUCAAGCUCAUAUUUAUGUUGCCCCAUUCUGCCUGCCUGCCAAGGCUUUUAAAUUGAGCGCUGACAUUUUAGAACCGUCUGGUGAAUCGGAUAAUCCGCAGAAGUUCCUGGCAGGCUUCGUAUUGGGAGUGGUUUUAGACGCCGAAAUUCAAGGACUUGCUCAUUCAGAGUAUUUGCGAGUCCGUGUGAAAUAUCCCGAUCUUAAUGCUCAGCUAAUUAUACCACAAGAGUCGCAUCUGAAGAUGAUCAAACACUAUCCUAAAAAUGAUUCGAGUGAGAAUAUUAUUUCCGUUCCUGAUCACCGUUUGCGAACAUCUGUUUUGGUAUCACAUCAAGUGUGGACAGAAUCAUCGCAUAUUGAACUUUCUUUGGUUUUGGAUGUUACUGAUCCCGAGGUUCCUUCUGCUUUAAAAAGAUGGCGAGGUUUCUCAGAAGACUCAUUUAUUAUUGAACUAUGUAAACCUGUACGAGUUCUUGUAUCUCCUAAGCCAAUCAAGCGAGGAAUAUGAAUUUUAAAUGUGAGAUUGUUGGAACCAUGAACGAAAUUGUACGGAAAAUACAUAUUACUACAAUUAA